AUGUCACUGCUUGAGAAAGCGAUGAAAGAGAAGGGAACGACUUUAGAAAGAAGUGAAAAUGCUUGCUGUCCGAAGUGUCUUCAUAACAAAUGUGUGGAUGCUGACCGCGAAUAUGAGCAUGGAGAUCAAUGGCAGAGGGACCCGUGUACAUUCUGUACCUGUGUUAGAGGAGCUGCUGAGUGUCGCACGAGGAGCUGUGUUGAUGCGCCAAGGUGUAGACGGAAUGAGAAGCAGAUAACAAGACUUGGAGAAUGUUGUCCAGAAUGUGUCCUCAAAGAAUCUGUCUGCGUGGAUGAGCAUCCCAUACGUUACCAUGGAGAUAUAUGGAAUGUCAGCAGUUGUGAAUACUGCAUGUGCAAAAACAGCAAAGUGCAGUGUCGAAGAGCCACUUGCGAAUAUGUGCGAUGUCAGAAGGGCGAGGUGUUGCAGCAGGUGGCAGGCCGAUGUUGUCAGCAGUGUGUCAAACCUCGACACUGCCAGCACGGAGAUUUCACCCACCAGGAUGGGGACACGUGGCAUCCAGACCCCUGCUCUGUGUGUAACUGUGAAGAGGGGAAGGUCGUCUGCUACAAACGAGCUUGUCCUCUGUGUCCUCGUGGAACGUACCACUCCGUGACACAAGGGCAGUGUUGUGGCCAGUGUCUUAAAGUGGAAUGCUCCUCAGCUUGCAGUGAAUGUCUUCCAACAAAUCCCAGCCACUGUGUUCGAUGCAAGGAAUUUGGCAAACUGGCACAAGAUGGCCUGUGUGUGGAUCAGUGUAAAGAUACAUUUUAUCCAACCCGGGACAACACGUGUGGAGCGUGUGCUGAAUUCUGUCAGAGUUGUGUAGACCAGUCUUCGUUCCACUGUCUGUUGUGUAGACCGGGGCGCCUCUGGAAGGAUGGUUACUGUGUGGAGCAGUGUGGACAUGGCUUCUAUCUCAGGAACUCGCAGUGUCUAGCAUGUCACUCCACAUGUAGUUCCUGUUCUGGAUCGGGUCGGUCUCAGUGUCUGUCGUGUUCAUACGCCGGUCACGUGCUCCAUCAGGGAAGGUGCAUCGACUCUUGUGGGGCCAGGUUCUUCCUCCAGUCACAGGAGUGUUUUGCUUGUCCACCGUUUUGUCGAACAUGCCAGCCAAACAGUGAAAAGUGUGCCACCUGUCAUAGUGGUACUGUGUUUUUCAACGGGAAUUGUCUUCCUGCAUGUCCUAAAGGCUUCUACAGUCGCCAGAGUUCUUGUACAGCUUGUCAUCCAAGUUGUGCUUCUUGUUCCGGUGGUCGCCAUUCCAGUUGUCUUUCUUGUCACCAUGGUUAUGAUCUACGUCGUGGAACGUGUCUGUCUCUGUGUGCAGAAGGCCAAUAUGUGUCUGCAUCAGGACAGUGUAAAGCGUGUGGCAGAGGCUGUAAAUACUGCUUUCCAAACACUGAGGGUGAGGGCUUUGUGUGUUCACAGUGUGUGGACAGUGGUUUUGUACCAACUGUAGGACAGUGUGGUCCUCGCUGCCAGCAGGGAUUCUAUCUGCAAGACAACAUCUGUAAAGGCUGUGAUGAGCAAUGUGAGCAGUGUGAAGGACCAGCCCGCUGCACUCGGUGCUUACCUCCCUUUGUCUUGGCAGACGGACAUUGUGUGCAGACGUGUGGACAUCAGAGAUACCCCGACUCGGAACGUAUCUGCCGGUUCUGUGACCGCCACUGCUUGCAGUGUUCAGAGAAGGUGUGUCUGAUGUGUGAUAGCAGAACGUUCCUCAAGGAUGGAACGUGUGUUGGAGUUUGUGGAACUGGAUUCAUCACUGAUUACAAGAACAGGCUUUGUCAAGCAAAUGUUUCUCCACCGGUUCUGCGUGUUUCUGGUCUAGUCUAUGUCAAGGAAGGAAGUAUUGUGCCCAUCCCAGCGGACAUCUUCUACUUGCGGGAUGCAGACACCGCCUCGGACAAGCUCCGCCUGGUUGUGUUAGGACCGCCAAACAGUGGCCACCUUGUGAAGGCGCUGCAUGGCCACGACCAGGUGCUGGGCCAGGAGGACCACUUCACUGUGCAGGACCUGCAGGAGGGAAAGGUGCGCUUCGUGCACAGUCGGCGCACGUGGAGGAAUGACAAGGUGAUACUCAGAGCUACUGAUGGUGCUCUAUACAGUGAGGAAGCAUUCUUUGUGAUACAAGUGACUGCCAAAGAGCCGCCUGCUGUCUUGAAGAACGAGCCUCUUACAGCUAUAGGAGGAGAGAAAACUAUUAUCAGGCGAGAAGUCCUAGACUUCCAGUCAUCAGGCAGAAGUGUUAAUAACAAGAUUUACAUCCUUCAAGAUUUGAGUCAGAAUGAUGACAGUGAGAAUCAGUGUCACACUGAGCUAAUAGCCAACACCAGAGACCAGCCAGCAGUGAACCAGUGUGGACUACCUGGUCACAGCAAUGGCAGGUCAGGUCAGGUCAGGUCAUAA